GAUUCAGUGCAGAACCGCAGGCGCAGCGAAGUAGAACGCACGAAGACGACGGCGGCAACGACGCGGCGAAAAUUAUUGUGUGAAAAUUAUUGUUAUCAAAUGCAAAUGCAACAAGUCUGAGACCUGACAGUGCGAGUGAACAAAUUAAGCAGAGCCCCGCAGUGGUUAAUAGUGCUAAAUAAACAGUUUUUGGUGCUUAACGUUUAACGAGCACAGAUUAAUUAUUCCGUAAAAAACACCUAAAAACAAAUUAUUUGCAGUCGACUGACGAUUCAGCUUCACGACGACCCGAUUCGCUGUUGACAGGGCGACAAAUAGGGAUUGGAUUCGCGCAGCUGUAACGGCGCCAUGGAGUUAACCAAACAUUUGAGUUUAUUGGCGCUCGCCCUGGUCGCGGUGCUGGCGCUUUAUGGCCCCACCACAGAUGCCUGCGUGUGCGAGCUCGCGCAUCCACAGAAGCAUUACUGCAACGCUGAUUAUGUUGUGCAGCUGCGCGUUCUCCGCAAAUCGGAAACCCUACAGAAGUUCCAGACGGUGUACAAGGUGCAGAUAAAGCGCAUCUACAAGGCCACACCUGAAGCUCGUCGCAUGCUGCGCGACGGCCGCCUGUCCUCGCCGAGCAGCGACUCCAUGUGCGCCAUCAAGCUGGAGCUCGGCAAGAUAUACAUCAUAGCCGGCAGACUGCCGCAGCUGAACCUCUGCAGCUACUACAAGGAGUACAUCAACAUGACGAUCAGCGAGCGGCGCGGCUUCAGCGGCGCCUAUGGCACGGCCUGCAACUGCACGAUCAACACGUGCUACAAGCAGCACUGCCCGUGGCAGCGGGAGAGCGCGGACAGCUGCUCGUGGUCGAUGCAUGACAAGUGCAAGCGCGACUAUUCCUCCUGCGUGCUGCACAAGAGGCAAACGCCUGUGGGCGAGGUUCAGUACUGCCGCUGGAGGCGCACGCUGCUCUACAAACAGUGUCUGGCCCACCCGUAGGGCGUCGAGCAGGAGCAGGAGCUGAAGCUGGAGCUGGAGCUGGCCGUGGAAUGGCUAUUGUUAUGCAACAGUUUUUUUAAAUCUUAAUUUUAUACUCGAGUUUACAAUUGUGUAGAGCUUUAAUUCGUACGCUAUGAUUAAUGUGUUAUUUAUUAAUGGAUGGCUUUUAGAUGUGACCACAAUUCGCUGUAGCUACUUAACUUAAUUAGUAAUUAGCACGUAAUCUUUAAUACACUUACCAAAUCACGCGGAUUCGGGAAGAAUGUCUGCUCGAUCAGCGGAAAGCCGUCGCGUCCCAGGCGCCGCUGCAGCUGCAGCAGAUGCGCGAACACCCAUGGCUUAUCCUAUUCGAAAGGAAACAGAAAAGAAAUAAGCAAAGCGAUUCAGGCCAAUUGAACUCAACUGAGAAGAACUCACCUGGAACUGGUAGAUGGAGUGCAGAGAAUUGAUGCUGGGCACUCCGCCGUACUUGAGACCCAAAAUGGUCGAGCGGAAGUCGCUGGAGCCAUCGCGCGGCGGUUGGCGUAUCAACACGAAAUCCGGCCGAAAAGAACGGGCAACCUGUAUUUGUAGUUUUUUUUUUAAUAUUACUAUUAUUCUUAUUAUUAAUUUGAGUUGUUUUGGUGUGUGAUAUUCCAAAGUUACAUUAGAAACACAUACGCACAUAUGUAUGAAGAGC